CCCCCCUGCCCUCUCUACCAUUCCACUCCUCCCCCUAGCUAGUUCUUCCUUCCUCUGUGCUUGUCUGCUGUUAAGUCAUUUUUUGUUUCACGUCUUCUGUCCUUACCUCCUGUCUUCAUCUACAUCUUGUCUUCUCUUUCUCAACACAAAUUCUACAGACUUCCAUUCUUUAACCAUGGCUGACAAAAGUCGUACACCAAUGAGAAGAAAAGAGAGGAAAGAAAAGGAGUCUGCUGAAAUGACCAAGGAUGUAAAGAAAGCUAAGAAUGAAGGAGAGAUGGAAGUGGAUAGUGGAGAACUCCCAUCAGCUGAGGUGACAGUCACCAAUGGUUCAGUAGCUAACGGUGAGAACGGAGAUCUUCAGGUUGAGCCAAUGGAACUACCUCCAUUUGAAAUCAUCGCAGGGGACCGGAUUGAUCCUUUCGUCUUUAAGUUCCAGUUCAAGAAUGUGGAAUACUCCUCAGGCCGCAACAAGACCUUCCUGUGUUACCUUGUGGAUAAAGGGAACUCAAGUGAUGGGUUGCUGAGGGGCUAUCUGGAGGAUGAGCAUACCUGUGCUCAUGCUGAGGAGGCCUUCUUUAUUCAGUGCCUGCCGAACUACGAUCCUGCACUGAAAUACACAGUCACCUGGUAUGUGUCUUCCAGUCCCUGCUCUGCUUGUGCAGCAAAGGUAGCUGAGGUGCUGAAAGCCAGGAAAAACGUCAAGCUGAGCAUCUUUGCUGCUCGGCUGUUUGAGUGGGAGGAAGCAGAGAUCCAGGCCGGGCUGAGGGCCCUGCACGCUGCUGGCUGUAAGCUGAGAGUGAUGAAGCCUCUGGACUUCUCCUACACCUGGGAAACUUUUGUGGAGAACGAGGAGCAACCUCUGAACCUGUGGGAGGACUGCAAAGAAAACUAUGAGUAUUAUCAAGAGAAGCUGGCAGACAUUCUACAGUGACCACAGAAUCCAGAUGAGAAUAUGUGCACCCUCGAUCAACACCCUUACUUACACAUAAUUCAUGUUGAUAUUAUUGUUGUUGAUUGAUAGUGAUAGUAUAUAUGACUCUGUGAUAGUAGUAAAGCUGUGUGUGUGUGUGUGUGUGUGUGUGUGUGUGUGUGAAAGACAGUCGAUUUGUUCUAACUUUUCUUUAGUGUGUUUAGGAAUCCUGUAAUCAAGCUUUCUGUGCCAUGGUAAUUGGCCCUAACAACAUUGGCAGUGAUCCCCAAAUCUGGCUCCACUCUGGGAUUAUCUUGGUCUCAGACAUUAAUGCUUUUACCUUGCUUGUUAGAUUUGUUUGCGCCCUUUUUUUGCACACAGUGAUUAGACACUGUGUAAGACACUGUAAAACUGUCCAACUGAAUGCCUUUCAUAUAUGUUUACAGAUAUAUUUUGUCUGGGACAAAAACCUCCUCUGAGACUUGACUGACAGCCCCUAGUGUCCCCAGAUAAGAAAAAGCUAUUAUCAUGUAAUUUGAUUAUAGUGUAUAUUCCCAAACACAUAAAAUUGGGGCUAAUCCAUCUUUUUUUGUGAGAGUACGUCAUCUGUUCAGAUGUAUUUGUAUUUCAAUGAUAAACAGAAUUUGAUUCAG